AUGCCGCCCGCCGUCCACCCCUACGCCACCAUCUCCGUCAAGUCUCACAUCCCCGUGACACUGACGAUGAAGUCCAACGCCUCCUCCAGAUGGGCGUCCUUCUUCAAGUCCAUGUGCUCCGUCGGUGACUCCAUCCUCGACCUCACCAUGACUGACAAUGAUCAGACCACCCGGGAUCUUUGGCUCACUAUUAAGGGCCUCUUUCGUGCCAACAAGCAGUCCCAGUGUGCUGGCAUGGCUGAGUGUCACUCUAUAGCGACUCCCGUUCAUACUCAUGCCAAGCUUUCAGCACACGAUGGCGCCAAGCUCCAGGACGGCUCUGAGUAUUGGAGUAUUGCUGGGGUCGUUCAGUACCUCACUCUGACUCGACCGGACCUGGCGUAUGCGGUUCAACAGGUGUGCAUCUUCCUGCAUGACCCUCACGAGCCCCACAUGGCCCUGAUCAAGCGCAUCCUGUGCUAUGUGAAGGGCACGCUCUUCUCUGGGCUUCACAUCAGCACUGGUCCUGUUCAGCCUCUGACUGCCAACUCCAACGCCGACUGGGCUGGCUGCCCGAAAUCUUGGCGCUCCACCUCCGGUUUCUACGUCUACCUCAGCGACAAUCUGGUGUCUUGGUCCUCCAAGCGUCAGACCAUGGUAUCUCUUUCCAGUGCUGAGGCAGAGUACCAGGUUGUGGCUUAUGCUAUGGUGAAGUGUUGCUGGCUGCAUCAACUUCUUCAAGAGCUUCAUGUCUGUCUUGCUUCGGCCACUGUUGUCUACUGCGACAAUAUUGACCAAUGCACCUACUACUUUCAUGCGAUUGAUGAAUCAUGUGCUUAG